AUGAAGCUCCCUGAAAUUGUCUGCAUCCAGGACUCCUAUGGAGCAAUUCUCACCAUAUAGAAGGAAUUUUUACAUCUAUUUGGUAGUGCUGGGCACUGUUACAUUGACACAAACCCAAAAAUGAGUGGAGUGGCAGCUCAGGAUCGCCAAACCUCUGAUGGCAAACAGAACAAAUCUGCCAGAGCACACCAUCAAAUCAGUAUGAGAGCCGUGGUGACAGGAGGGGGUGGCUACUGUGGAUACAAGCUGGGAUGUGCUCUUGCAAACAUAGGAGCUUCUGUUGUUCUGUGUGACAUACACAAGCCUUUGUGGAUGAUUCCCAAUGGAGUGGUGUGGAUCCAGACAGAUAUCAGGGAUUACAAUGCCAUACUGGAAGCCUUUCAAGGAGCUGACUGCGUGUUUCACGUAGCUUCAUAUGGAAUGUCAGGAAUAGAGCAGUUGCAUAAAAAAGAGAUUGAAUCCGUAAACAUUAAUGGAACUCGAUUAAUCCUUAAUGCAUGCAAACAACAAGACAUCCCUCGGCUGGUGUACACCAGCUCAGUGAAUGUGGUGUUUGGAGGAGUUCCUAUUGAAGAUGGGGAUGAGGAAUCUUUGCCAUACUUCCCAAUUAACAAGCUUGUGGAUCAUUAUUCCAGAACCAAAUCAAUUGCAGAACAAAUGGUACGAGCAGCUAAUGGAUCUUCACUAGCAGGAGGUGGACUACUUCACACGUGUGUUCUUCGCCCACCGGGAAUCUACGGACCAGAAGAGCAGAGACACUUGCCAAGGCUAGCAAAGAUUAUUGAGAGAAGGCUGCUUAGCUUCAAGUUUGCAGACCCUACUGUUCAAAUGAACUGGAUACAUGUAGAGAAUUUUGUACAAGCUCAUAUUCUAGCUGCUGAAGCUCUCACUCCUGAAAAGAACUAUAGAGCUAGUGGCCAGGUGUACUUCAUUCAUGAUGGAGAAAAAUCCAACCUUUUUGAAUGGCUGACUCCACUUUUUGAAAGAUUAGGUUGCAGUAAGCCAUGGAUACGUAUUCCUACUUGCAUAGUCUAUGCAUCAGCCACAUUCAUGGAACACCUUCAUGCAAUUCUGAGACCUAUUGUUGACCUGCCACCACUGCUAACCAGAAAUGAGGUUAUGAACAUUUCUGUAACUCACACAUUCAAAAUAGACAAGGCACGGGCUCAGCUGGGGUACCACCCACUGAAGUAUGACUUUGCUGAUUCUGUGGACCACUACAUGAAAUCCAGACCACAACUCUCAAAUUAUCAACUCUUCCUCAAUAUUUUGGUUAGUUUAACUAUCACUUUAAUUUUGUUUUUUCUUUCUUUAAAACUUGAUAGCCUUUCCGUUUUUCAUUUUUUCAAAGAAGGACAACACUGA